ACCAAAAAUGCUGAGCACAACUGCUGUAAAAUCCAAUUAAGAGUAUCUCAACUAUUAGCACCUUCUAAAUUAGCUAAUACACGCGCGUCUGCGACAGUCUGCUGAUAAAUAAACAAUGUAUAUAUGUACAUGCAUAUGUAUGUACGUGAGGUUUCCAGUAAAUGUAUUGGGGAAGCACCCAAGGUGGCACAAAGAAAAAUAUCUCAAAAUUACGCUAUAUUAGGGGCCGAAGGUUGUGGGAGGCCACAACUUACGAUGUGGAAACACAAUGAUAAAUUGUAAGAAUUGUAAGUCGCACGCGUUUCAUAAAAUGUAGGGUCUUUAUAUUUGGUACGCUAUGUCAAUACAUUGGAAUUUGGUGAGUAAGCGCAAAGAUAGGCGCCGUACAUUCGCACUCAUUCACAAAGCGGCGAUGUAUAGCGUAUAUAGUAUGAUACAAAAACCUAUAUAUGCGCAAACGCCUAAAAUGUAUUUGUUAAUAAAUGAGAAAUCAGUGGGCAAGCAGUUAGCAGCAGCCUCAGUGGAGGCGCGCAUUGAUAAGAUAAAAGGCCAUUCAUAUGCGCAAACGCAGACGUCUCAGUUGACGUAGACCAACUUCAAGCAAGCAUCGCUGCCAUUGUCCUAAUGGUAACAUGCUUAACAACAUCUGCCGACACAAAUGCUUACGGUAGCGCUGACGUCGUUAAAUUUUCACAUGUCCGUACAAGACAACGUUAUCUUAUCAAUAUCGCAGCGUCUCUGCCGGCUGCAGAUGUGACUAGUUACCUAUAAAACCUACAAGCUCGUCGUCCGCGAUGACAAAACGCUGACAGACCCGAAAGUGAAUAAAACUAGUUGAAAAGAAGCAAAGCAAACAAGCUACCGGAAUAUAUCUACUGAUCGUACGAAACGCAAAUUGUGGUCGCGCAGAGAAAAUUGUGAAAUUGCGCGCAUUUAAAUCGUAAACUGAAAGUAAAAAAAAAAAAAUCCGUAAACGCCACUUAAAAACGGAGAAUUGUGUGUGGAAUUGUAUUGAGUUACAACAACAAACCAUGCUAGUCUGUUGGAAAUGUAUUUGUCUAAUAUUAUGUACAAUAUUCAUACAAACAAUGGUGGUUUUGAGUGCAAAUGCACCGUUGCCGGCUAGAAAAGCCCAGCUAGCCGGCAUAAGUCCAAGGGCAACAUUAGAACUUUUUGAUAAUCCAUGUGGUAAAAAGGACAACAGCAAGGCGUGGACACAGAAACUAUUGGCGAAACGCGAGGCGGUGCCACAUUCGGCACCCUAUAUCGUAUCAAUACAACGGAUGACACCAGAUGACGGCCUCGUACAUUACUGCGCAGGCACUAUAAUUCACGAGAACUGGAUACUAACAGCAGCUCACUGCCUCACCUCAGAUGAAACAGUGGAGAACUCCAUCAUUGUUGCCGGCUGUCAUGAUUUACGCGGCACCGAAGAAGGCGAUUGUGUGCAGGUGCGCACAAUUGACCAUUAUGUGCGACACGAGCUCUAUCUUGGAGGCAUUAACCCAUAUGACAUUGCGCUCAUCUACACGAAACGACCAUUACAAUUUACAGAGCAUGUGCAACCGGCACAUUUGCCAGAACAGGAUGUGCUGCCAGAGGGUAGUGGUACACUUUAUGGUUGGGGUAAUAUUUCCAUGACACUGGUGCCCAAUUAUCCACAUCGCUUGCAGGAAGCUGAUAUGCCCAUAUUGGACAUGGAACUAUGCGAACGGAUAUUAGCUGCAUCGGGUUUGCAACUGCACGAGACUAAUUUAUGCACAGGUCCACUAAAUGGAGGAGUCAGUAUCUGUACAGCUGAUUCUGGUGGCCCUCUGAUGCAGCCUUGUUGUGAUGGUUUCGAGGAAGGGUACACAGUUAUUGGCAUAGUAUCGUGGGGUAAAAUGCCUUGUGGCCAGAAGAAUUCUCCAUCUGUAUUUGUGCGUGUUUCAGCGUUUACGCAUUGGAUUACUGAUAUUAUCACGACGGUAACACAGUUCGAAUAAGCAUCAGCGAAUAAUUAAGGAGAGAGAAUUUGGAGAAUGCUAAGUGUGAACUCAAUAACGGCCUGAAAACCGAAGACGCUGAGCGUCGAAUUGGAGGAAAACAAAAUCUCAUGAAUUUAGAAUAAGAAAUGUAGUAUUAAAGAAAU